AGAGAGAGAGAGAGAGAGAGAGAGAGAGAGAGAGAGAGAGAGAGAGAGAGAUAUUUCUGAUGAUGACUGGCCAUGGCCUGCAGCUGUGGUCCGCUUGAUAAUCCUUGUUUUAAUCUGCCGGGGUGGCAGGAUGAUUGUGGACACAGUCUCACUCCGAGCAUUGCGAGUAAAAAGCAGGGCCUCAAUCGUGGGGAUUAUUCGCUCUUGCUCUCUGUCACCCUCCCUCUCACUCUUGCUCUCUUUUAUCCUCUUUUCCAGCAUCCCAUGUUCUGGCCUUCAUUUGUGUAUUUUGGAACAGCCAUGACCACAGUUGGCGGCGUUCACCGGGGCUACCUCAGGAAAUACGGGGGCUUCAUGUUCAAGCAGUGGAAGGACAAGUACGUGGUUCUAAGCUUAGAGGGAAGCCUGCUGGUGUGCCGCGACGGCGAGUCCCCACCCGACCAGGUGGUGGACUUGCAGAGCCAUUGCGAGAUGAUCGUGGAGGGCCGCGAGAUCCUAGACCUGCCCAGGCUGCCAGCGGGGGGCCGCAGGGACUGCUGCUUCGCCCUCAUCCUGCAGCAGAACAAGUUCCUGCUCAUGCUCGCCGACAACCCAGACGACUGCACUCUUUGGCUGAAGCUGAUUACGAAAGUGAGAGAGGGUGUCAUGUCUCCCACCUACCUGCAGAGGCAGCGCAGCAUCACCCGUUGCAUCACCGACAGGGACCCACUGCCCGAAUCCGGCAGCGACAAGAACCCCGGCUCGCCCCGGCCGAGCGAGGGUACCCCACUGCCGUCAGCACACGUCUCAGAGAGGGGCGGCUCACUGAGAGAGAGAAGCCAGAGUCAGGUCGCCGGACCUCGGCGGCCCCUGCGUAGCGUCUCGGUGACCCCCCCUCACCGGGUAUCGGAUUGUCUUCGCCACGGCAAUAGCAGCGACGCCCGGGCGGUGAGGGCAGUGUGCCUCCUGAUGGGCGGGGCGGCGGCCUCCUCGGCCCUGGGCUACCUCAACUCCUGCUCGCCGUUGGCGGGCAGAGCGUCCGAGAUGGUCCAUGCUGGCUCGGGAGGCUUCUCAGAAAUACCGGACGGGGGUUCCUUUCAUGCCUGCGACCAGGACGUGAACUCUGACACCCACUUCAACAGCUUCGACUUUGAGGGUGACUCCGACUUUGACGCAUUUGACUGCGGGGGGUUUGCCUUUUAAAAGAUGCUUGUGUGGGCAGUACAUUAAAGCGGGUGUUCUUUUGGGUCCAGGGAAGGAAUUUGAUCAAUGACCACCUCUUAUUCUUAAAGCUAAUUCCACAUACAGGAUUGUAACUGGCAUGGGUACCCAUGAACGCCGUAGGAAGUAAAAAGUACGCUAUUUUCAAGUGAAAAAAGUUGUAACAGAUAAACACUUGUUGUUAUUAAAAUAUCCAUCCAUCCAUCCCUUUUCUAAUCCGUUUAUCCUCACAAGGGUCACGGGCAUGCUGGAGCCUUCCUGGCUGUCUUUGGGCAGUAGGCGAGCGACACCCUGAAAUGGUUGCCAGCCAACCGCAGGGCACACAUAGACGAACAACCAUUCGCGAUCACACUCACACCUAGGGAUGAUUUAGAGCAUUGGUGUCAAACCCAAGGCCCGGGGGCCAGAUCUGGCCCGUCACUUCAUUUUAUGUGGCCCGCGAAAGCAAAUCAAAGAUGGCAACUUUCAUGAUGCUUGCUAAAAUCUCUACCAACACUUCAAAUCCUCAUUUGUUAUAGAUAAGAUUGAUACUGUAAUCAUUUUUUGUGACCAAACGUCUCAUUACAGUAACUUAAACAAUCGGUGAAUAAACUGUUAUUCUUGACUUCUUGAUAUGGUUUCACUCGUAAUGGCCCUCCAAGGAAAA